AUGGAUCCGUACGAGACCCUGGGUAUAGCAGUAGAUGCUUCCCAGGACGAAAUCAGAAAAGCUUACAGACGGUUAGCGCUUCAGCACCACCCAGAUAAAGUUUCAGAUGAAUCGCUGCGAGAAGAAAGUGAGAUAAAAUUCAAAGAUAUAGCGGCCGCUUACGAGCUGUUGAGUGAUGAGCAGAAACGAUCCAAUUACGAUCAAUACGGCGAUGCUGCUGGGUUUUCCAAUGGAUUUGGAGACGAUUUCAGAGACGGAGAUUUUGCCAGCUUUUUUGGUAAUUUUUCCAACAAUCACUACGGCAAUGACUAUAACGACGGGCCAUCGCAUCGCGAGUCUUAUACACCGGAUGCUCACGUACCGCUAACUUUAUCAAUGCAGGAUCUCUACAAUGGUAAAACAGUCAGAUUUGAGUCCAAGCGGAACGUUGUGUGCAAUCGGUGUGAAGGUAUAGGUAUCCGGAAAAAGGCUCGACAUGCUCCUAAAUGCACCCAUUGCGAAGGGUCUGGGGUCAAGCAGAGACUCAAGAGGGUUGGUCCAGGGUUUGUUACUCGUGAAACUGUGACAUGCGAUCAUUGCAAUGGUUUGGGAAAAAUUGUGCGGAAAGAGGACUUAUGCAAAAGAUGCCAUGGUAAAAGAGUCGUGCAAGACACUAAAGUUCUCAAUGUGUACAUUCCCCGUGGAUCGCGUCAUAAUGAUAAAGUGGUCUUAAAAGGUGAAGCCGAUGAAGAACCGGGCAAAACCGUGGGCGAUCUAGUGUUUGAUAUCGAUGAAGACAGUACCACAAGCAACUUAGAGCGGCGAGGAUUCGACCUUCACACCAAAUUGACAAUCUCGUUAUCUGACGCCCUUUGCGGUUUUGAGAAAGACCUGUGCGUUCAUUUAGAUGAGCGCGUAAUAAGACUGAGGAUACCUACGGGCCAAGUUUUGAGGCCAGGAAAUUUUUUACGUCUUGCUAAUGAAGGUUGGCCAUUGGAUGGUCAAGGAAGCAAAUUCGGUGAUAUGUACGUUCAGAUCAAUAUCGAGUUUCCACCCGACAAUUGGUUCAGUGAGCGUCACGACUUACAAACGAUCCGUAAUAUACUUCCGCAAGCGGGUUCGACUUCGAGUGCGUCCAGUUCUCAGAAGGUGACCGAUUUCGUCAACACAGAAUUCCCCGCUAACGUCGAAGUUGUGAAAAAUUCCGACGAUUUACCAACAUAUCUGCCUGAAGAGCCCGAGCAAGAGGGCCCUCAAUGUGCGCAACAGUAA